AUGGACCCAUCGCUAUCUUCAGAAUGGAUCAAAAUCUCUGAGCCUUUCCCUCAUGUACUACAUGCUGAGCUUGCUCGGAAUCCUGUCAAUGCAGUUGGAUUUGAGUUCUGGCGAGCCUACGGAGCUUUAUUCGAUUCCAUCUCAGAGAGCCGUCCUGAUAUCAGGGCGGUUGUGAUAUCCUCAGCAUUCCAAGAUAUAUUCUCUGCAGGAUUUGACCUGUACAAUGCCGGACAAAUCGUGAAAGGAAGGACUGAAGCAAAUCCCGCUAGUGACGCUGCCCGGAUCUCGAUGACUUUCCAAAAGCAAAUAGAGAUGAUCCAAGAAGCUAUAAUGGCACCAGAGAGAUGCACUUUUCCUGUCAUCGCGGCAAUUCACGGAAUAAAUAUAGGAUUGGGGGUGGAUAUCGUCUCUGCAUGUGAUAUCAGGUAUGCCGCGUCGGACUCGCGGUUCACACUCAAGCAAGUGGACAUCGGCAUGGCGGCAGAUAUGGGAACUCUCGCCUACCUCCCGAGAGUUAUGGGGAACUUGAGCUUCGUUCGUGAAAUGGCGUACACUGCCGAAUGGUUUUCAGCUUCCAGGGCGGAGCAAAUGGGUCUCGUUUCCAAGGUUGUCGAGGGAGGAAGGGAGGAAGUGGUUGCAUCUGCGUUGGAACUAGCCAAGGUUAUUGCAACGAAAAGCCCGAUAGCCGUUACUGGGACGAAGAGGCUUCUCAGCCAUGGAAGGGAUCACUCAGUUGCGGAAAGCCUUCAGUUUACUACCUGGUGGAACGCUAUCAUGCUUCAAACCAAGGCGAGUACGAUCUUAGAUUUCUUGAAGAGACCUGGAUCGUCAUUUUUACCAGCACGUCCUGGUGACUUCAAGUUUGGAAAGCCUAAACUGUGA